AUGUCUGUCACAGAAAUCAACCAAACGCCGCCAGAAGAGCCCAUCGCCAUUCCCUCCAACCGCGAUGGCGUCGCCUAUCUGUACGGCCACCCUCUGCUCAACUCUCUCUCCCCACCUCUGCACCAAACAGCUCAUCAGACACAUAUCCUCCCCCCUUACACACGGUCGCCCCCGAUUGAGAAAUACCUGGCAUCAAUCAAAUCCAACCCCAAGUUCGUCGGCUCGUCCGUGACAAUGCCUCACAAGGUUGCGAUUAUGCCCUACUUAGACGAUCUGACCGAACACGCCCGCCAAGCCGGCGCCUGCAACACCAUCUUCCUACGCGACGACCCAACAACCGGCCAGCGCCAGUACGUCGGUACCAACACCGACUGCGACGGCAUCCGGGAAGCUCUCACACAGAACGCACCUGACCCAUCACGGUUCCGCGGCCGGCCCGCGCUCAUCAUCGGUGGCGGCGGCACUGCUCGCACUGCCGUCUACGUUAUGCGCCGCUGGCUCGGCUCCAGUCGCAUUUACAUCGUCAACCGCGACGCCGCCGAGGUUGCCGCCAUCCUCGAGGAAGACCGUCGCCGAAACCCUGACCCCAAUGCCCAAGCACCUCUUAUCCCCGUUACCGAUCCUGCUGAGGCUGCCCGUCUCGAGUCCCCCGCGGCUAUUGUCUCCGGUAUCCCCAACUACCCGCCGAAGUCUCCUGAAGAACUACGUUCUCGCGCUAUCAUACAGGCUUUCUUGGGUACUGCUGCCGAUGCAGAGAAGCAACAAGGUGUUAUUCUGGAGAUGUGCUAUCAUCCCACACCCUGGACUGAGAUUGCUCACCUGGCUUCUGCCGGUGGGUGGAAGGUCAUCCUCGGCUCAGAGGCUCUGAUUUGGCAGGGUCUCGAGCAGGCCCGUCUCUGGACUGGAAAGGAUGUCAUCGGUACCCCUGGUCUUGUGCAGGAGGUUAAGGAUCUUGUCUCCAAGACAAUUGCGGAACGGGCAUCUGCGAAGUCUAGCCUAUGA